AUUAUAAGCCUUGUUAUUGUCAUGUGGUCGAGCAAUGCGGAAAUAAGACAAGGCUCGACGAUGUCCUUGCAUGCUUCACGUUUGUCUCUGUGGAUUUAACAUUUUUAUAAUUUCGCUUGAUCCAGUAUGCCUCUGCAUAAGUACCCUCCUAAAAUUUGGGACGCCCUCAAACUGAAACAGGGCAUCUAUGCCCGGCUUCCCAAGCAUUACCUGAAGUCUCUGGAGCCGAAGGAGCCCACACCGGUCCACUGGAAGCCCCUGGGGGUCCAGUACCGACUCAACCCCAAAACAGGGCAGAAAGAACGAGUGCAAGACAACCCAAUCCCCAUCUACUACCCUCCCGAGUCGCAGAAGGGCCUAUGGGGUGGUGAGGGCUGGAUAACGGGCUUCAAAUAUGCCCACAACGAUAAAAUGUCCACUCGUCUGCGGAAAAUGUGGAAGCCGCAGCUUUUGAAGAGAGAACUUUACAGCGAGAUCUUGGACCACAAAUUCACCAUCACGGUCACACCGCGCACCCUGGACCUCAUCGACGCCGCUUUUGGAUUUGACUUGUACAUCCUCAAAACGCCCAAGGAAGAUCUGAACUCUAAACUGGGCAUGGACCUGAAAAGGGCCAUGUUACUGAGGCUGGCUCGCAAAGACACUCAGUUGUAUCCAGAUGACCCAAUAACCAGAGAAAAGGUGUACAACAAAUAUAAGCAGCAGUUUGAGAUACCAGAGGAGGAGGCCGAGUGGAUGGGUCUGACUCUUGAAGAAGCUGUGGAGAAGCAGAGGCAGCUGGAGCACAAGGAUCCUGAGCCGCUCUUCAAAGUGUGUACAGAAAAGCUGAUAGAGGAGCUGCGCAUGCAAAAACUGUCUGAGCCGCAUCUCAUGGAAAACAAGUGAAGAACACCUUAAAAAGGCAUGCAGGAAACAUGAACUACAACUCAUCUCACUUCUGCUUUCUUUUAUUGUUGGAAGAAAGAUCAACGCUGGUGUAAAUACAACAAAUGUAUGUUUUAACAGUGAGAAUAAAAUGUUUGAAAACUCCA